ACUCUAUAAAUUACUUAAUGUGACCCUGCUGUUGCCACUUGAAGUUUAAUCCGCGACUGAGCUGUUUUCGAACCGAACGACACAGACUACAAACGUGAUGAAUUUCAGGAGGAAUAUUCUGCUUUUCUGGUUUGCUGCGCUUACUUCAGCAAGGGAACGAAAGGAAUGUUCGUCGCCGCCGGAAUAUCAACACGCCAUACUAGUAAAAACAUUUUCCAGCAAACAGAGGUUCGACCAUGGGGAGAAGGUUUAUUACAACUGCCAUGGGGACUUCACUCCAUCCAGUGGCAGCCGAAGUGUGGAGUGUGAUAGAGGACAAUGGACCAAACUGAGUCUGAAAUGCGAAAAGAAAUCAUGUGGCUAUGCCGGGGAUCUGCCAAAUGGUCAGCUGCACUAUGAAGGGAAUUCAUACCUUGGGGAGAAGGUUUAUGCUGAAUGCAACAAGGGGUACACCCUGAAAGGACCAAACUAUAUGAUAUGCAAGAAGUCUGGAUGGACUAGUGAAUUCCCGUCUUGUGAAGAGGGAGAGACCACCUGCUCCAGCCCUCCAGUGGCCAACUCUGUCAAGAGUGGUGAAGUUUCUGUGUACCGAGUGGGAGACAACGUGACCGUCACCUGCGGUCAGGGUUUCCGACUGGAUGGAGCUCAGCAGGUCACCUGUGGCCCUGAUGGCCAGUGGCACCCUCAGCUCCCUCAGUGUCUGCCUUCACCCGAGGAUAAAAAGGAACAGCCGUCCACGGAACAGCCGUCCACCAAGGAACAGCCAUCCACCAAGGAACAGCCAUCCACCAAGGAACAGCCGUCUAACAAAGAACCAAGUGGAUGUGGUGUCCCUCAAACCACCAGCAACUCCAAAGCCACCCUUGCUGACAAGUACAUCACAAAGACAUCUUUUGCUUCUGGUGAAAGAGUUUAUUACACGUGUAAUGUUGGCUACAUUCGAGCUCGUGGCAGCAGAUACCGCAUGUGCAAGGAUGGAGAGUGGACACGACUGUUCCUAAAAUGUAGACCAAAGCCAUGUGGGUCUGCAGGAGAGAUUCUAAAUGGCCAGUUUAUAUAUUCUGGUGUCGUGUUUGGACACACUGCUACAGCUGUCUGCGAUGAGGGGUACAGUCUUGUAGGACGGGCAACCAGAAACUGCAUGCCUGGUGGCUGGGAUGGACGUGUUCCUUUUUGUGAAGUGAUGGUGUGUGAAGAGCCUGAAGUGACAAAUGCUGAGAUGAUAGGCAUUCAAGAGACUUACGCAUACAAGGCUGUACUUCACUAUCACUGUCGUGUGGGAACCCUUAUUGGACAAAUGGAUAUUUCGUGUACCAAGGAUGGGACAUGGAGUGCACCUCCUCCCAAAUGCCAAGAAAUGACCUGUCCACCUCCAAAUGUGCCUAGCGCCUUCUGGAUGAGAGCGUACAAUGACCGCUAUCGAUAUAGGGACACUAUAUCAAUUGAAUGUAAGCCAGGCUACACUAUGAUUGGCCCGAGCAUCAUUACCUGCGAGAAUGAUGGCCGAUGGUCCCCUAGCCUCCCCAAAUGUAGACGCACACCACGACAACACUGGAGGGGCUAAUGAGCUACAACCUGCUUAAACCAUUCAACAGCAGCCAGUGGAUGAUGAUAAAGAUGAUCUCUUAAGCUAACAUAAUCUACCCUCUAAAAGAAAUGCUGCUUUUUUUAAAAGCCACCUUUUCAAUAAUGCACUAAUCAUAAUAUAUUAUUUGCUGAUGAAACUUGUAUGAACUUAUUAUACAGACAUUAAAAUUUGUUUGAAAUGAA